GAAAGUAUCAUCAAAAUAUUUGAAUUUAACCGAAUUUGGCCAUCGUUUUGAUGAUAACAAUGAUGGUGAUCGACAAAAAUUUGUUGAAAAAAUUGUGGAAAAUUUAUGUAAACGUUUGGAUAUGAUGAUGAUGAUGACAACAACCGAUGGUAAUAAUGUGGAUGAAUCAAAAAUGACUUUGCAUCGACAACAGCCUGCAGUUGAUCAAAUGCUGAAUCAUGUUGGUGAUGAUGAAAAUAAUUCAUCUAAUCAUCAUUGUCAUCUGAUGAAUGAAUUGGAAAAAAUUUCAAAAGAAAAAAAUGAAUUAGAGCAGAAAUUGAAUGAAUUGCAAUCAAAGCAACAACAGCAAUCAGCAACAACAACAGAAUCGGUCAAUCUGGAGACAAAUCAUGCAGUCCAAUCAUCCGCUGCAACAGAAUUUUCAAUUCGUGAAGAACCUGAAGGUGCAAAUAAUACGGAUUCGGAUUUAAACAUCAAUAAUCAGGAUAAUUAUCAGCAAGAAGAAUUUGAUAAUCAAAAUCGUUUGAUCAAAGAAUUGGAAACGAAACUUUCAACAUUGACGGCUGAACAUGAUGAUCUUUGUCAACGUUAUCAUUCAUCACAGAAUGAAAAUCAAAUUUUCGAAAGAAGAUUUAAAGAAACUGAAGAAGAAAGUGUUAAAUUACAACAUC